CCUCCUUCUUGCUUCUGCUCCAUUGAACCUGCAAAAAACCCUCGUUGCUUAUCUAAACAAGAUAAUCGACACUACACAUAUAAGGGCAUACGUUUAAUAGGAAAUGGUGUUCGUAAUGUGGCAUAUCAGACCAAAACACGAAGUUGUUGAUGUAUCAACUGUAUAUGCUGGUGCACCCACAUGGUUUAGUAUUAAGCUUCAUCACGGUGGGAAAUUUACUAAAUUACCUGAUAUAAAGUACAUUGGAGGUGAAGUGCGUUAUGUUGAUUAUGUGGACAUUGAUGAGUUUUCUGUGCAUGAACUUGAUGCCAUAAUGCUUGACCUAGGUUACCCAGACCCACGGAAUUCUGAAUUCGCUGAUGAAUCCCCAGUUAUAUACUACCAUUUUAGGAUACCCAAUGGUGACUUUCAAUUUGGUCUUAGAGCUUUAGGGAAUGAUCAGGAUGUGAUCAACCUUUCUAAAUAUAUUGCACAUAACAAGCUGAUUGAGGUGUACACAGAGCAUGGAAAGACAAAUUUAUUGACUUACUUCAUGUCACCAAAUGCAAAGGGUAAAGUUGUCAUUGAGGAAUUACCAGAAAAUGAUGAUCAAGGGGCUGAAGUUGAGGGUCAAGUUCAUGCAGAUUCUUCAAUGAAAAAUGUGAACCAUGGUAAUGGUGAGCCUAUUGGUGAGUUCAUGUCUCUGAUUCUUUUUGGGAGUAAGAAUGAUAGUUUCUCACCAGAGUAUAGAAGGGGUAGGGUUGGGAAUUCCAAAAUAGGUGAAAGUUCUUGUAGCAAUAGGCUUAAUUUAGAUUAUAUUGAUGAGGUUGUUCACAUUUCAAAGGAAAAGAAUGAUGAUCUGGAUGGUUCAACUAAUGUUCAGGAGGCAGCAACUUGUGUUCAUAUUGAUGAGAUGGAUGGUGUUAGGGAGGCUGCAAAUGUUGUUCAAGAGGCAUCAACUUUUGAUGAAGAAGGCUACAACACCCCCCCCCCCCCUGUUAAUAAUGCUGAUGAACAAUUGAAUGAGUUAUUUGAUAACCUUAUGGAAAAUUUGAUUGGGAGUGAUGAUGAUAAUGCAGAGUAUGAAGGGGAUGGAGAAUCUGAAGAGGGUAAUCAAGAGUAUGAAGAGGAUGAUGAAUCUCAAGAAAGUGAUCCAAAUUUUGAAGAGUAUGAUGAAUCUAAAAAUAGUGAUCCAGAGUAUGAAGAAGAUGAGAGAGAAAUAGAAGAUGAAGAUCAUAUGGAUGACAUAAUGGAUGUUGACAACAAUAUACAGGAUGUGGAUGUGGACAUGGGAGAUUUCACUCUCAAUGUUGAAAGUGAUGUGGAAGGUGGGCAUGAACCUGAAGAUAUGGAAGUGAUUAACAAUGAGGAAUUUGAAUCUUUGGAUGAAGGAUCCGACCAAGACAGAGAGAGAAGAGCUCUUAUCAAGAAUUUGAGAAAAGAAAAAAGGUGCAGUCUUGGGGUAGUACAUAAACAAUCUUUUUCAGUUGGAGAUAAAUUUAAUAGUAAAAAAGAAUUAAAGGAGGCAAUUGAUUUGCAUGCACUAGAAUCAAGAAGGAAUCUUUUCUUUAAAAAAAAUGACAAUGUAAGGCUUAGGGCACAGUGUAGAGGUGUUGUACCUGUCACCAAUAAAGGCCAAGUGGGUAGUCAAGCUACCACUUCAAAAAGAAAGGGUAAAGAAUUAAAGACACAAAAAGUAACAUGUGGUUGGUACAUUCAUGCAUCUAGGUCAAAUCCUGAAUCCGACUGGUUUAUAAGGACCUUAAACCAAACUCACACAUGUUUGCAAACAAGGAAACUCAGGGCUUGUACUGCUUCUUUAAUCAGCAAGAAAAUCUUUGAUCAAGUUGAGGCGAAUCCAGAUAUACCUUUGAGAGCCAUACAAGAUCACUUUCAAAAGACCUACCAAGUGGGUGUUAGUAUGGACAAGGUGUUCAGGGCAAAGGAUAAGGCAAGAAAGCAUAUAACUGGUGACUACACAAAGCAGUAUGAACUGUUGAGGGACUAUGUUCUCGAACUUCAAGCCACCAACCCAGACACCACAGUGAAAAUAGAUGUAUGUUCUGAGCCUAACCCUGAUUCCCCAACUAGGCAGUUUAGAAGAAUUUAUGUGUGCUUGGGUCCACUAAAAAAAGGGUUCAAGGCAUGCCUUAGGGACUUAUUAGGUUUUGAUGGUGCCUUCAUGAAAGGACCAUUCCCUGGGCAAGUCCUUUCAGCAGUUGGUCUUGAUCCCAAUAAUGGAAUUUACCCAUUAGCAUAUGGGAUUGUUGAGUCUGAAAACACAGAAAGCUGGAAAUGGUUUUUAGAUAACCUUGGGGAUGACUUGGACCUUGGAAGAAACUCAAAUUUUACUUUCAUAAGUGACAGGCAAAAGGGUUUACAUACUGCAGUUGAGCAAAUUUUUCCCAAUGCUGAGCAUAGAUAUUGUAUCAGACAUAUUCAUGACAAUAUGAGGAAAAGAUGGAGGCAAACAGAGUACAGGGACCACUUAUGGAGGUGUGCAUCAGCUACCACCAUUCCUGAGUUUGAACAUUUGAUGAAGGAGUUUAGUCAGUAUGAUAAGGAGGCAUGUGAAUGGUUGAAGCAAAUUCCUCCUAAACAUUGGGCAAGGAGUCAUUUUUCAGGAAGAGCAGUUUCUGAUGUGUUGAUAUCAAACAUGUGUGAAGUGUUUAAUGGGAAGAUAGAGAAAGGAAGGGAUAAACCUGUCAUUGGAUGUUUAGAAUUCAUAAGGGAGUAUCUAAUGAAGAGGAUAUGCAAUGUCAUGAAGGAAAUGAAAAAGGCUAAAGGUCCACUAACACCCACAGCAACAGACAUCCUAACUGCAAGAAAAACAGUUGCUUCACAAUACAUUGCUAGGUGGAAUGGGGGAGACAAGUAUCAAGUCACAGGAGCUUUGCAGGAUCAACAUGUGGUUGAUGUUAGGAACAAAACAUGCACUUGCAGAAAAUGGGAAUUAAUUGGAAUUCCAUGCAGACAUGCAAUUGCAACUCUGAAUGAGAUGAGUAAAGACCCAGAGGCUGACCUUGACAUUUACAAAUGGGUUCACAAGGUGUAUUUUCUAGAGACAUGGAAAAAGGUUUAUUCUUUUAAGGUGGAGCCAAUUAAGGGUAGAUCCAUGUGGCCCAAAAGUGAAUGUCCCACAAAGCUAAUCCCUCCUCCACAUCGCACUCAGGUGGGAAGGCCUAAGAAAAAGAGAAGACAAAGUGAGGGUGAAAGGUUAAGCAAAAAGCAGAAGGCAAGUCAAGGUGAUGGAGUGAAUGCUGCACAAGAAGGAGGUUCCCAAAAACCAACAAAUGACGGAGUGCAGAAGCUAUCAAGGAAGCAUAUCAGUGUUACUUGUAGCAAAUGCAAGAACAAGGGACACAACUCUAGGACCUGUAAAGGGCAAGGUGGGAAUCAAUCCAAGAAGUAA